AUGAUGGGUCGACGUUUGCAGGUUGAGGACCACUUAAGACAUUUUAGCCAUCAUCCUCUCGACGAUGACGAACUCGCACUUGUCACGGAUGCAAUACACCCCAGCCGAAUUCAACAGGCCAUUGUUCUGUCGGGAAGCCAUAGGGCAGCCUUUCUCUGCGAGAAGGGAAAGCUAUUCAUCCUCCUCGCACAGGACGGGAAUGGCCAAGCUUCCACGCGAUUGAGAUCCAUUCCAGGAAGACAAAUCUCACAUAUUGCUGUGCGAAGUGCGCGCAUGCAUAACCCAGCUCUCAUCUCAGGGGCAGUUGCCCUCGUCCUCGAAAGUGAUCCUCGCACAGUUGUUUCCUUCGACUCAUGGCGGCCGAUGAUUGCCUGGUUGGCAGACAAAGAGACCAAGCACAACCCCACUCAUUCGGUGACAUUCGCAGCUCCUAUCGUCAAGCUUACCAGUAAAUUUGCUGCGCUAGAUGAGGCUGGUACUGUGCAUGUAUGGGGCGAAAAGAAAACUGUCCAACCCCCCGAUCCACCGGAUGAAGAUGAGGCAUUCCAAGAGGCAUGGAAUCGCCAUGUCCUUUUUGAUGAUCCAAUCCAACAAUGGCCGUCUCGUCUACCGGAAGUGCUCGAUUACACGCCUCGGAGCUUGCCACUACCGCCUAUCAAGAAGCUGGCAACAGGCGGAUGUUACAAUGUUGGUGUCUCUCGCUCGGGACAGCUGUUCGUCUGGGGUUACAGAUCGGACAAAUGGCCCGAAAUUGCAGCUGUUAAUCAGAUGAGCGGCGUUGAGUUCAAGGAAGCUGUCAUUAUGACUGAUACUGGCAGACGCCUCCCGAUCGUCGAUGCAGCUGCGGGACGGGCACAUGUUGUAGCUUUGGCGGCGGAUGGGUCCCUUUGGUCCGCGGGUGAUGGGCUCAAUGGGCAACUGGGCAUAGGCACCAGGCAGUUUGGACUAUGUACGGGAAAUAGGACUACUGACAUUGCGGCCAAUGACACUGGCGAGGAGUUUGCCGUGUAUUGGCAAAAGGUUGACACCGCGGGAAUAUUGGGCGACGGAGGGAGACGCGAGGCGGUUUUCUGUGAGGGAGAUCAUACAUUGAUUGUAGUAAGGAACAAUACAGCGUAG